AUGAAGACAACCUACGCCAUCGCCCUUCUGGGUGCCACCCUGACCACUGCUCAGUUCACCAACCAGACCAGCCCCUUCUGGCUCAAGUUUACCUCCUGCACCGGGGGCUCCGGCGAGACCUAUCUCACUUCCUGCCACUCCGGCGCCGGCCAGGCUGGCCUCUGCCCUGAGACUACGGAGCCCGUCGAGGAAGCCAACCGCACCACAACGCACACAAACUACUUCCUCAACGAGACCCAGUCCGACUACAACGGCCACCUCCUCGGCGCCCUGACCUGGAACCAGCCUAUCGGCAACGGCGACCCCGUAUCCUCCGGGAUGCUGCUCAACCUGCAAAUCGUCAGCAACGGCGCCAUCCCCAUCUUCUCCCCCGGAAGCAGCGCCCUUUUCAACCUCGGUUUCGACGAGAACGAGAAGCUCUUCAUCUACUCCCGCGAGGACGAUUCCAAGGCCGUCGCUGGCUCGCAGGCCCCCUACGUCGAUGAGGCCUAUUACCGCUGGCACGUCUGCUACACUUUUGUCGGCAACUACUACUACCGUUCCCUCGUCUGGAUCACCGCCGGCCCGGCCUCUAACCCCACCUGUGCCGCCGUCGAUGUGUACAGAGAGUGGGCUUAG